AUGGCCGUCUGGCCGCCGCCUCUUCUGCCCCCAUUGGCGGGGGCGGUCCGGGGGCGGCUGCACUUGGAGGCGGGGCUUGCAGCGGAGGCGCCGCGACGUCUACUAACGGCAGACGCCGUCUUCGUGCGGUGCAGACGCGUCGACGCCGAAAACGUCCGAAAACCGGAUCUCCUUUUUCCUACUACUACACCCAACACCGCGACGACUCUUUUUGGGGCACAAGGGCCGCUACAUACAACACACGAUAAUGGACUCUUCCUUUGCGUUUCUCAUCUUGAAGUGAUAUUCAACUCUAUUGCCGGAAUAAGUUUCCGGCAAUACCCACAGCUUAGUCUAAGAUCCACAGUCACUAUCCAACAUGGUGAUUGGCUGGUCCAUAGUACAGACAAACUUGUCGUCACCCUCCUGACGUCUUAG